AUGAAAUUCACGAGUUUGGUGAGCCUUUAUGCCACAGCCGCCGUCACUUCCGCCCAGACCACAGUCACCGAAUCUUUUUCUGCUACGGCAGUGGAGCUGAGGUUUACUAAGACCGCUUCGAGCAGCGCGACAGCGAGCCUCAUCGCCAACACUUUUAGCAACGCUCCUUCGAGUAGCGGUUUGAGCACAGAUUCAGCCGCCUUUAGUUCUGUCGUUGGUUCGACUGUUGCCACGGGUUCAAGCUCUGCUGGACAGGUGAACUCGCCGACCAGUCCUAAUCCAGCGGGCACUCCUUCGAGUUCUGUCUACUCCGUUAUCUCUCCCUCCAGCUUAACCAGCGGUCAACCUAGCUCUGCAGCUGGCUCUGCAGUCUCUUCCUACAGCUCUGCAAGCUCUACCACCCCUCAACACAGCGCUUCCAGUAGCCCAUUAAGUCCUGUCGGCUCAGCCAGCGCUGUAAGUUCCGUCAGCAGUCAGAGCAGCCCUUUUACUAGCUACGCUGAGUCCACAACUGGAAUCGUAUCAAGCCCAGCUUCGUCAAGUGUGCCUCAAUCUUCUCAGUCACUAAUAUAUUCCAACAGCACAGUAUCGAGCGGCUCAAGCCUUCCCGGAUUUGUGGGAUCUAGUACAAUCGAAGUAGCAUCUUCGUCACCGCAACCCGUGAGUCUUCCCUCAAGCGCGACUCAAGGUAUAACUGGAACGGAUUCAAGCUUAGCACAACCCGCCAGCUCUUCGGCCUCGAGCUUCUAUACUUCUAACAUUGCAUCUUCCAGCAGUACGCCCUCCAGCAGUGAGUCCUCCAGCAGUGAAUCCUCCAGUAAGCCAUCCUCCAGCAUUAUAUCCUCCUCUGCCAGUUUUGCUGCAGUAGCGACGAGUAAAUCUGAUGAGACGAGCCAGACCUCAACUUCAAGAUCAACAUUAACUCCUCCUACAACAACAUCCUUGGUAGCAUCCAGCUCUUUGGCUACUUCCCCAACACAAGUUUCCUCUUCAGUCAGUUCCAGACCUACAGUUCUUGACGCUGGCACGGCUUCUUCGUUAUUGGCUGAACACAAUGCGAAACGAUCGCUUCAUGAAAACACUCCUGACUUGACUUGGGACGACUCGCUUUCCACUUUCGCAUACAACUAUGCCUAUUCUUUGGAAGGUACCGAAUACGAUCCAUGUUCUGGUCAGCUCUUGCAUUCAUCCGACAGAGGUAACCAAGGUGAAAAUCUGGCCUUUGGUACUACUUUGAAUCCAAAUGUUCUUGUCGACUACUGGUAUGAUGAAAUCAGAUAUUACGACUACAACGAUGUAACUGGUGUUGAACACGACCGGCAAGAUGUCGGCCACUUUACUCAAUUAGUAUGGGCUUCAUCUACUAAAGUGGGAUGCGCAGUGAUACAAUGUGACACCAUGGCCAAAUAUGGCCAGGACUCGACAUAUCUAAUCUGUGAGUAUGCUCCAGCCGGAAAUGUUUACAACGGAACCCCAGGUGAAGAUGAAAUGGAGUUCUUCAAGGAAAACGUAUUGCCUUUGAAGUCAACAAGCUUUUAG